AUGGCCGGGUCACAGCAGCAGCAGAUCAUUGACACCAUUUUCUCCUUGAAAAGGAGAAUACUGCGCCCAGACGAUUCCUCCGAAGACGAAGACACAGCGCCGAGCUACGGCACUCAGAAACAAAGUCUGAAGCGCAAAGUCCAUUAUUCCCACCAUGGCGACACGGAUUUGGUGGCCGGCAACCGUCCGUACAAGAAGAGGAUCGAGCAUGCCGGUUAUCGCAGGUACAUUUUGCAGCGCAAUCCACCACGAUACGAUCCCGAUGGCGACAUCGUUGAAGUCGGCGACGAGGACGACGAAGACGAUCUGUCUCCUGUUGAGGAGAAUCCAUACGCCGACAUGCGGUUAGAAGAGUUGCUCGCACCGUUGACAUCCGCUGCCGAUCUACCUACACACCCAUCCUACAGCGUCGCCUACACAUCGAAGCACCUCACGAAUCUCACAAACGAAGCCGCGGCGAUAUCGCGGAAAGAGAAUCUCGCUUUACGGCAUGCGAAGAUCCUGCAAUUGAAGUUCCAAGGCGACCCCAGCUUUGCGCCCAAUGUGUUGGCUUCAUUAGCUCAUGAGUCUUUCCUUGACUUUGGGCGCGAGCUUGCGAACGGUCGCGCGGCAAAUGGGUCUGGUACGCAGAAUAGGAAAGGCGUUGAAGGUGCUGAGGAGAACACAACUCAAGAAGCUCCAGCUGCAAGCGAAGAUAUUGAAAUGGAGGAUGCGCGGCAAAGCAAUGGAGCUCCGGGAGUACAAGAACCAAACGGCAAAGCUACACCAGAAGCGCAAAAUGGCACGGAACUCGCCACGAACGGGGAGCCACACACUGUGGAUGGAGAAAUAACACAGACGAACGGGGACCGUGCACAUUCUCAAGACGCAGACGAUGCGUCAGAUACUGCGUCGCACAACACAGCGCACCGCAUGACUACGCGCAGACAAGCACGCGCUGCGGAGUCCCCUUCCCCACCAGCAUCACCUACCAGCACCGAGCACGAAGUCCACCCCAUGUUCAUAUACCCCACCGACGCGCUCCCCGACCGCGAUCUUGGCCUUCCCGCCGACGAAGCGGAAGAUACGCGUCUCUUACUCAUGGCGUACGUACAAAAGCAAGAAGAGGUCGCACGGCUAGCAGCAGAGCUGUUCUCGGGCAUAACCGAAGGCGAGCGCAUGAGGCAGGAGGUCCUCAAGAUGGCAAAGGCAGAAGCUCAUCUCGGGGAAAUGAGCGACGGCGAGGACUGGUAUGAUCGGGAAGAAUGGAAUUUGACUGAGGAUCUGGGCAAAGGGAAGGACGAAGAAGAUGAUGACGCGGUGGUGACAGGGAAGAAGAGCACGAGGCAGAGGAGGAAACCGGAUAAGGAGGAUCGGUAA